UGAACUCCGUGUCAAAGGUAAAAGAAAUGGCCGCCUCCAUGCGAUUGCAAAUUCUUGGGAUUCUCCACUCGACUAGAAAUAUCAAGCCAUUUUACAACGAUGUUAGGAUUAAAUUUAAUCGAAAAUUAUCAUCUCAAAGUCAUAACUAUUGUCUGAAUAUAUUAAGGAAACAUGAUUAUGAGAAUUAUUUAUGUUUAUUACUACUACCCAGCCAGGCACUAGCACCAGCGGUAGCUGUACGAGCAUUCAAUGCAGAAAUAGCAGGCAUCCGAGAUAACGUCUCUGAACGGAUGAUUGGACAAAUGCGAUUCCGGUUUUGGAAAGAUGCUUUAGAGAAUAUAUACAAAGGAAGACCACCAGACCAUCCUAUUGCUACAGAACUACACAGGGCUGUUGGCUCACAUAAACUGUCUAAAAGGUGGUUGAGUAGGCUGCUAGAGGCAAGGGAAGAAAGCAUCGAUGAUAAAGCAUUUCAAACUCUUGAAGCAGCUGAGCAACAUGCGGAGAACACGGCGUCAUCCACUCUAUACCUCAUCUUAGAAUCAUUAGGUGUCCAAAACCUACAUGCUGACCAUGCAGCGAGCCAUGUAGGCCGCGCUCAAGGCCUGGCAACGUUGAUACGAUCUGUACCAUUUCACGCAAGAAGACGUAAUGUCCUCCUUCCUAUGGAUGUAACCAGCAAGCAUAAAGUUUCUCAUGAAGAUAUAUUUCGAGGCAAAAUAGAUCAACGUGUAAAAGAUGUAAUUUUUGAAAUUGCUAGUAGAGCUAACAUGCAUCUUGAAACGGCACGAUCAUUUCGCCAGGAUGUUCCAAAGGAAGCUUUUCCGUUAUUAUUAGUCACACGGCCGUUACAGGACUUUGUUGAUGCAAUACAAAAAGCAGACUUUAACGCAUUUGAUCCAAAAUUACAGAAAAGAAACUACAUGCUACCUCUAAGACUCUGGCUCCAACAAAUGAGGAGGACGUAUUAACAGUAGCAGGGGCGUAGCUAGGAUUUUUGGCACCCCUUAGCAGCUGGGAGGUUCUAAGCUUGCGAAGUUUGUAAUUAACAUGACCGUAAAAUACUCCUAACGUAUCUACUCCGUAUCAUUUUUACUUAUAGACUUGAGUACUAUUCAGCAAAAUAUGCUUCUUAGGUCUCAUUAAAAAAAAAAAAAACUUCAAAUUAGCAGCUCUAUAUAAUUUUUGUCUGGAUUCAUUUUGGCACCGCCUCAGUUCAGCGCUCUAGACGUGUGACCUAUUCUACAACACUGUUUAUGCCUCUGAGUACAAGCAAAGCAUUUAAUAAAGAUGGUAACUUGCCAGGUGCCAAUUUACUCUUUGUUUAAGACACAUGCCUUGCCCAAAGAACUCAACUGCCAGACUCAAAUGUCAAGACUUACUUUUUUGAGUGCAGAAAAACACUGUACGUAUUUUGUCUGUGAAGCAUCUUGGAUGCUAUCCAGAUUUCUCUUGGCAAUGUUGGCUCAACAUACUAUUGAGUUAAGAGGAUGUUAAAAAUGGAUCUACUACCCCCAGUUUUACUAGGUGGAGAGGGAUUUAUAUGAAUUAAUUGUUGAAUAAACAAAAUGGAACCAGUAUUUUUUUUAUUUUUUUUGCAAGCCAGGCAUAUUUUAUUGAUAUAAAAAGAGAUUUGUAACAUAGUUCUAUAUAUACAGUAAAUUAAUAUUGAACCAACACAU